CUCUGGGGAAAAGCUGCUGGAGGUAAGGAGGGAGCCACAGCCUGAGCUGAGGCAGAGGCAGAACAGCAGCAGCAGCAGGCGGGGCCAAGUGGAGUCGGAGCAGUCUGGAGCCAAGUGUGGCACUUACCGUCACAGGCAAUGCCUGGGAGUAACUCUGCUGAAUCAACUCUCAUGACUUCUAGCCAAGGGUCUUCAAAAACAACUGAGAAGCGCCAAGCAGAUGAGAGUGAGGUAUUUACCAGAAUGUCCUACUUGGCAAUUGAGACCAACACCAAUGCUUCAUCAUCCAGUGGAUCUCUGCCACCCCAAAAGAGUGUGCUGCGAACAGUAUUUAACAUGCCAUGGCUUCUGAUAAUGGCCUUUGCCUUCCUCCCAAGAGCCUUCAUAAAGGCUUGUAUCUCCAUAAAAAACCUAAUCACCUUGCAGAAUGGCAAGAAAUUCUUCAAGAUCCUGCUGUUGCUAGUUCCAAUCAUUUAUGCAGGUAUUUACUGUGUUGGCUCACUAUCGUCCAGGAGAUUAGUAGAGGGGCUAGCAUCACAGGAAACGACAGAGCUACACGAAACAGAGCUGAAGUCACUGUGGCAGUCACACACUUUAUUAGAAGAAAAAGUCCAUGAAAUAGAACACAUUAAAGAGCAGAUGCAGCAUCUGCGUGCAGAGAUCAAUGGUGUGAUGGAGGGUAUCCUGCAUUCUGUUCAAGAAAUCCUGGAGGAGAGCGACAUCCCAGGAGAGAACAGAGAUCAAGUGCUAGAGAUGAUAAAUGUAGCAUUUAAGAAGGUUUAUGAGGACCGUGUCCAGAUGCCUGACUGGGCUCAGAAAUCAAUAGGUGCCACCAUUGAUACAGACAGAACAUCUAAGAGUUUUGAACUUGGGAGAACAGAAGGGUGUUGUUUUGGUUCAUGGUUCUUUUCUUCUGCAAACCCUCCAGAUACUAUUUUACAGCCAGAUGUUCACCCUGGAAACUGCUGGGCUUUCCAAGGAUCUAAAGGUCAGGUAGUAAUUAAGUUGCCUGAAAAAAUUUACCCAACCGCUGUUACACUUCAGCACAUCUCUAAGGCAAUCUCUCCCUCUGGAGAUAUAACUAGCGCCCCAAAGGAUUUUGCUGUGUGUGGACUGGAUGAGGAAACAGGGAAAGAAACUCUACUGGGAACUUUUAUGUAUGACUCAGGAAAAGAGACCAUUCAAACUUUCCAACUGAAGAGUGAACUUUCCAAAUUUUUUGUUUACAUAAAAUUCAAUGUGCUGAGUAACUGGGGCAACCCAGAGUACACUUGUGUUUAUCGAGUCAGGGUACAUGGGAAGAUGACAGACAAGAGCUGAGGCCUGUAGUAAGAAGACAUGCAGUGAGAACACCAUCA